UUUAUUCGACAUCAUCACCAGCCAAUUUAAGCAUUUUUCUUGUAUUGUUCGUUAUGUUCUGUUAUUCUGUCUCAUUAUGUUGUAUGUCGGUUAAAAAAUGGAAGAAAAGUGCAAAUAAUGAUCGUAAAAAUGAUGUUUAUUGCUCGCUCACUCUUACGUUUAGCUUCCGAUUCCGUCGUCAUCACCAACAUUAUGGCAAUGUGUUUUGGAAGUACGUCAUAAU